GAACCCCCGCCGGCAGCUCCGCGGCCUCCAGCGCCUCCGCCUCCUCCUGGUUCUGCUCCUCCUGCCCCCGGCGGUGGCGCCCGCACCCCGGCUGUAUGAUCAGGCUACAGUCUUCAAUGAGUAACCAUAUUCCUCAGUUCUGUGGUGUUCUUGGUCACACAUUUAUGGAGUUUCUGAAGGGCAGUGGAGACUACUGCCAGGCACAGCACGACCUCUAUGCAGACAAGUGAACUGUAGAAAUUCAUUACUACUCCACCAAGAAGCCCCCUUAAGA